AUGUCUUCAGGCACGUCGUCCGUCGCUUUCCCCGGCUCUGACCCCGCCAUUAAGCAGAUUGCUCAGCCCAGGGGCCCACAUCUGCCCUUCAGACGGAUUUCACUCCCUACAGCGCCUACCCCACUUCAUAGACAUAGCGUGGUUAGCGUUGCCUCUGCAGAUUCGGUCCCUGAGGAUGCCGAGGCGCAGCAACCAUCUCGCCCUGGUGGGCUGCGAAGCCCAAGCCGUGCUCGACCCCUGUCUGUCGAGUCGCCUCGGAGGAGGACCAGGCGACGCGACUCGAGUGUGAAGCCAGCCAUUAGCGAUGCUGCUCGGGCACAGAAGCGUCGCAAGAUUGUCGACGAGCUUUACGAGACGGAGAAGGCGUAUGUCGAAGGCUUGGAUCUCAUUUAUUCCCAUUUCCUAGCUCCCCUUAUCGAGUCAUUGGACACCCCAGAACCUAUUCUCAACAGAGCCACCCUAACAGCAACAUUUUCCAACUUUAUCGACAUCUGGAACUUUCACCGCUCCUUCUUUUCCGCGUUGGAAAAGUCAAGAGACUCUGUCACACAACUUCUUCUAUCCCAUUUCCCUUAUCUCUCCCUCUACAACCCUUUUAUUACACAGUUCUCGUCUAUCAUUUCCUCCCUAACCGAUCUCGUUACCGUUCCCACUCUGGCGAGACCAAACCCACAGUAUAACGCUACCUUUGCUGCGUUUCUGAAGGAAAAGGAGGCUGACCCCCGUUGUGGAAAGCUGAAGCUACGAGACUGGCUCCUCACCAUUGUUCAGCGGUGCCCUCGAUAUCUCCUCAUGCUCAAGGAUCUUAUUAACAACACCGACCCGGAUGAUCCUGAGCACGGACACCUGACUGAAGCUCAUGGCUUGGUCUCUAAAAUCACUCUGGCCCUCAAUGCUUCCUUGCACAGUCACGCUCAAACACUCGCCCUACUCGCCCUGCAACGCUCGACGUCUGGGUUGCCAUUCCAACUCAUCUCACCCGGUCGCACCCUGGUCAAGCGCGGAACACUCAUGCAAGCAGAACGCAAUGCCUCACCUCGCCCACGCGAGUUCCUCCUAUUUUCCGACUGCCUCAUCUGGCUCGCCUCAACCGAUAUCGCUGGAAACUCGUGGGACUGGGAAUGGAGCAUGAGCGGGUGGAGUAGUAGCAGUGCCAAUAUGAGCAACGGGAGUGGUAGCAACCACUCCUCCGCGAUCUCCAUGCCGAGACCCGUCCCACCUCCCCUUGUCAGGAGUCGCAGCAAGAGCGAAGCUGAACUCGGUCGGACUGACCUCGUAGACUUGGAGGUCACAGUCGGGUCUGUGAUAGGAGAGGAGAGACGGUUUGAGGUGCUCAGUCCGGAUGGUAGCUUUGUCGUCUACGCUGCCUCUGAAGACGAGCGGGAAGAAUGGGUUUCUUCUAUCCGUCAGGCUAAAGCCCACCUACUCGUCACGCUGAACGCGACCAACCCCAACUCCACCCUGACAUCGUCGUCAUCUACCAAUCACAUCCGAAAGUCACUGCAAGCACUCCCCUUCCAUCCGUCGGACGACCGGCUUGCUGCCCUUGGCUCUGAGGGCAAUCACAAAGUGCUCACCCCCAUCUCACCCAAGAAGGCAAAGGGCCUGGUUGGCAAGAAAGACAAGAAGGUCGAGACUUUCUUCAUCGCUGACGCCACUGGCAAGGCCGAGUCUACAAAGCCGGCCCGUGCAUGUGAUGCUUGUUAUGAGACAGUUUUCCCGAUUGUGGAAGAACCCUCCGCAGAAUCCUCAGCUUCUGGAAACGACGCCAAGCCUCGUGUUGCCACCGACACUAUCUCUUCGUUGUCGAACCUCCCAGCAUGGGUCUCGAUGCCCUCGAUUCCUUCAUCCAAGCAACCAACGCCCCAGGCCUUGAUGGCCAUCGACGUCACCUGUAGCCCUGAUACAUCGGUCGAGGUCCAUAACCCUCAUCCUGGCAGGAACGUCUUGCUGGAGGAUGAAGGUAUCUUCGAAGAUGGCCAUGAUGACCGCUCGCUUCAGGUGAAGGAGCGCAAGGGUGUCCUUCGGGUUAAACCUCACCAUAAGUUGAAGAGCUACCACCAGAUUUUGGAGGACUUCGAGGCACACGAGGAUGAUCAUGAUGGGAGUCCUGUUCGAGCGAGACCCGAGAGCAAUCGUUUCGAUUACGAUGAAUCGGAUGGGUUCCCAGUCAGCCAUGGAGGUAUUUUGGAGGAGGAGGAGGACAAGGUGGUGAUGGAGGAGGUCGCUUUGGAGGAGGAUGUGGAGGAUCAGUAUCCUCAUCUGUUCUUUACUCCGCCUGUUUCGAAUCUUCCCUCGCCGCUUUCCUCACCUCGGAAGAGGAGGGAAGACACGGUUAGGAAGAGCCAACGCUACUCCCUCCCGGCCCUCGCCUUGCAAACGACACCGAUUACCGCGCGUGCAUCGAUGGUCAUCGAAGACGAUGUUGAUCUAUCGAGGGAUGGGGACGAGACGGCGGCGAGCCCGAACCGAACGAGGAGGUAUUCCAUUGUGAUGUCGCCUGGCAAGUCGGGUGGGAAGGGAGGUUCGGAGGUUGGAAGGGAGGAGGAUGAUAAUGCUGUGUCUAGGAGCUUGGCGGUGGACAAGCUGAGCGAGUUGUUGCAUCGGCAUUUGGGAAGGGAUCCUUCUAGUUGA